CCUCACAGUUCUCAACGACCUUUUGUCUGGAGGACACAGACAUUUGGGAUUGGAUGUUAGCUUGACAGGCACGUGUGCAUUUAUGACUCCUAUUCUUUAAGGUUUUAGUUUUAGUCUUUCUGAGGUGAGGGAAAGUUAUUUGUGUGUUUCUCAGUUCAUCAGGUGACAACUUGUUGGCGUCUAUAGUGCUUGUAUCAGCUUUUAGCUAGUUUACUGAGUUUGUGUUUAUUAUAGGUGGAAUUACUGUCGAUUUUUUGAGGAUGAGGUGUGUGGUGGCCGCACUCUGUGGGAUUCUACUUCUAACGCAGGUUAUUAUAACCAAUUCACAAGAAUCAGAUGAUUCAGCCAUCGUGAACUGUUCUCAGUUUGACUCGUGUGAUGGCUGCAUAAGCGGCGACCCGGCCCUCAACCUGACACGAUGUGUCUGGCAAAGCUGUAAUGACGGAAAUGACACGAGAUGCAUGUCUGACAUUGAAGACUCUGGAGGCUGUUCUGUCUACAAUGUGACCGGCAUGUGCCAAAAUGGCGGGUCUGCUGAUGGCGGUGGCAAAGAUAACACGAGCUCCGAGUUCUCUCAAGCAUCAUUUGACCUGUCUAGCUUCAUUGGGGGAAUCAUCCUGGUGUUGGUGUUGCAAGCUGGGGCUUUUUUUGCCAUGCGGUUCCUCAAAACGAAAGACAGCACCUAUGAAACUAUUGAUCAACCUCAGUGAGAAAAGAGGUCGUGAAUGAGAGAGAAAAUUACAAAACAAAACAUAAAGAGAAGCAGAUAUUCACAGGAAUAGAUGAUGCAUGGGCGAGAAGUCUAUAGACACUGUUUUCUCUUUUUGAGGGUCCUAAAAUGUUAUUAUUAGCCUUUAAAUUACUUUGGUUAAAUUAUCACCAACUAUAUUUGUGUGUAUAUAAGAGAGAUAUGUGAAAAGAAAACAAUAUAGAAGUAAUAUGAGAAAUAUAUUAGAGGAUUAUUCACAUUUGAAUGUGGGUUUAUGAUGGUCUCUAGUGGUGUGUGUUCUUAUCUGUUUAAGUUGAUUUAAAUCUCUCUGGUUUGUUAUAUUGAUCUGAAAGAACAAUUCUGCUUCAUAUUUUGAUUAAUUGCAUGCCCUUGUAUUUUCUUUUUAUUAAAUGUUAUGUUUUGUAGGUAGUCACCUAGACUCAUGUAGCAUUAAGUUUGUUAUUCCUUUAUGAAUAAUGAAGCAAUAAAGUAAUUAGACCCUG